AUGUUUAAAGAUCAGCACGAGAAGGCAUCUAACACAGAAGAGUGUACAUCUGUAGGAUCAGUUUAUCAUGUUUCGCCAUCCUCAAUUUUUAAUGAUCCUGACUAUUAUCCAACACCUUCAAGCAAUGUAAUAAAUAUAACUUACAAACAAACUGCUGCUUCCAAUGCAACAAACAACAACAAAACUCUACCAACUAAAAUACAAAAAAAAAUAAUAAGUAGUACCAUAGAAGCACUAAUAGUGACUUUAAGUUCACCAAUCGAUGUCGUAGAUUAUAAUUUGUUUUCAGAUUUUUUUAUCAUAUACAGACGCUUUUUAUCUUGUACAGACUUACUAAGCCUAUUAAUUAAUAGAUUUAACUGGUGUAUUGGAGAAGUUUUGAAUACUACUCCUUCUACAAAAAAGAAUGGUGUAAAUGAAAAAAGACACAAGUUGGGAGAGAUAGCAUUAGUUCGUACCUUUGUUUUAUUAAGGCAUUGGGUGUUAAAUUAUUUCAUUGAAGAUUUUGCAACAUCCCACACUUUGACUGAACAGUUUUUAAAUUUUUUAAACUCAUCUCACAAUAUUUUGAUUAAUAGCGGACAUGAUAAUAAAUCUUCAAAUAAUUCAAAGAAAGUUAUAUCAAAUGUCAUUGUAAAUUUGAAAAAAUGCUGGAUUUCUAGACUAUCAAUUACUAUUGAUGGGUUCCAGUUACCUAACUUACCCACGGUUUCUAAUGGAAAUAUAAGCCAAUAUGUAACAGAUUGGCUGCUAUACAAAAUUAAAGAUCCGUUUUCAAAGACAAAAUCUUCAAAAGGGGAGAAUGAUGAUAGCAGCGGCGAUAAUUGGAUUAGAAAUAAAAGCAAAAAUAGCCUAAGUUUUUAUGCCAUUGAAAGUAGCUCAAACCCAGGAUUUCGCAACCAAAGUUUUUUAUCGAUAUAUAAUGGUAAUAAUAUCAACAACUUAAAUUUUAAACUACCAACCUUUGAUGAACUAAAGGAUAAUAAUGACAAUAUCAACAAGACUCAUAAUAUUGCUACUGGAAUGUUGCGCUCAAAAACACCUAUACUUGCCAAUUCUAAAUCUAGAAAUUCUUUUUUGUAUCCUAGAAAUUUCACAACUCCCAUUGUAGAUAAUAAAGGUAUCAAAGAUAAUGCUAAUGUUGGGGAAAACAAAACAACUGCUUCAAACCUCUCAUCUUCUUCUUUAGGAAAAAAAACCCAAUUACCUUUGCAAAAUAAAGUAGAAAAAACUAAUAAAGUUUCAGAAGCACCAGAGAAUAUUAAUAACAGUAAUAAUAUCAAAAUUUUUUUGAAUUCACUUGAAUAUCCGUCGUCAUCGAAAAUAGACAAAAUUAUUCCACCCACUCCAGCUAAAAAGAUAGAAUUUGUUAUUAGCACUAAUGAACCCUUAUUAAGACCUCCUCCAACAUCAGAGAAGAAAGUAAAAGAUCCAGGAAAUACAUUAACCUUAACGACAUCCAACAAAGUAGAGAACACUUGCUUUACCAGAGAUAGUAGCUACAGUAGUAUCACCAGUUUAAAGAAGAAAAUAACGAGGGGUAGUGUAAACGAAUUGUUAAGUCGGUGGUCUAUUAAUCACAAGACACACAAUAAUAACCAGCUUUUAAAAAGAUCAAGCAUAUCAGGACCUGCUACAGAAAAUAAUACUUUAGACAAAAUGAAAGCCAAAAAUGCUGUCACAACUCAUACUGAUAGCGAAGAUAAUCAGAAAAAUAUGAACAAUUUGGUUAAGUAUGUGUUUUCAAUUACAUCAUUAGAUUCCAAACCAAACAAUGCUACUGAUAUUUUCAUGGAAACACCUAAAUUUGAUAUUUUAAGUGCAAGAAGUAUUGAUCAGGUUGAAUAUCUAAUUGAAAUGGAAAACAAGUUGUUAAAAGAGUUGUCUGCGCAACGCCAACAAAAAGAAAAACAACAAAAGUUGGUGGACUCUUCCGAAAAAGAUAAGUAUUUUACUACUCCAGAAAAUCAUAAAAUUCUAGAUUUUCCUGAUGCUAAUGAGGACACCGAUAAUAUUAAUAUUGAUAAUGAUAACGUUCAAACUGAACAACAAAAUGGGGCGGAAGAUGUUAAAACGCCAGCACCCAUUAAUGGUAUGGAUAAUUUAAAUUUGUAUUACACGGUGAAUUCUAUUGCAAAUUCAGUUUUAUCAAUUUCCAAUCAACUAAAUAGACAGAAAUCACAAAGUACCAGUAACAAUUUUGUGAAUUUGCAAAAUUCAGAUCUGUCAAGCAGUUCUGUUGUUGGAAAUACAUUAGCACAAAAACCGGAAUAUGUUUUAAAAAGCCCAUUUUUCCAGGACAGAAAGUCUACAAAAAAUAAUUCAGGAUUACCCACAAAAACAAAUCAUUCAAUAGGUUUAAAUAAAAAUAAUUCCAUGGUUCUUCGCAGAAAACAUAAAAAAAACGAGAGCAAUCCUAGCAUUUUUUUGGCAUCAAAAAAUAAAUCUUUUUUAUAUUCUUUAGAAAAGGUUGGAUACUCCAGUGCUGAUUGUGAACUGCUUUCACAACACGCUUUAAAUAACACACCUACCAAGGCAAUCAAUUAUGAUUAUAAAUUACAAAGAUUGUCAAAUUUUUCUGCGUCAAGAUAUUCACAGGGCUCCACUUUAUCGUAUAUCACAUACGAUUCAAAUUUAUCCAUUUCUAUGGAUCAAAUAACCAAGGGAUCGCUUAUCCAAAUAAAUGAUCAAAGAGGAGAAAUUAAUACUAAUACUAUUUCUCCUUCCAACAAUACUAACGACAAAUGUACUGUUUUAAGGAGGAAAUCUGGAAUUAAUAAUUUAAGAGAUGUUACCAAAGAUAAAGGUCAACAAGCUGAUAAUAAUGGUGAUGACACAAACAAUUCUAUCCAUACCGGUAGAAACAUUGCACUUCCGUUGGAGGUGCCAAGAAGAAGUUCUAAGCGUUAUUUUAGAAACAAUAACAUUGCAAAUAUUCAAAAAAUAAAGAAUCUAAAUGAAAUUGGGGAGGGGAAAGGCGGUAAUAAUACAGCUAUUUUGAGCCAAAAAGACGCAUCUCCUGUUGGAAAAGUUACUUAUAUAACGGACAAUGGUGGAAAUCUUUCAUCGAAUGUGGAAUUGUCUUCAAGUACUGCACUGCCGUCCAAUAACACAAAUAUUGAAAAUAGUUUAGCUUUAAAUAGCAUUAAUGAUGAUGCUGCUAAUUUAUCUGAACGCCAACCAAGUAUUAAAAAUAGUGGAAGAAUCUACAUCAACCAACGAUCACUUGUCAGAAAAAAUUCAGUUACCCCUCUGAAAAAUUUGAAUAAGAAAAGUUCUCAUCCUAGACACCAAUCAGUUCCUGUAGUUAUACGAUCACCGUUAGAAAAUCGUAGUUUUAUUAAAAAGGAUAGUAUAUUAGUAGAACAGGAGUUAAGAUUAAUGGAAAAAGACAAUACUAAUCAUGAGGGCUUAAGAAACACCAUUCAAAUUAUUGACCAUGAAAACAAUGGAACUUCAAUAUACACAGAAGACGAAGAUGAAAAUAGUGAUUUCCCAUCUAUCAUGAAAUUAUCACCGGUUAGUCCUACUAGUAUCAAGAGAGAUAAGCUGAUUGUUAAAAAUGAAUAUCAAUUGGAGCGUUUAGAAAAAGCUAUAAGUUGCUUAUUAGUUAGUGAUACUGUAUUGAAUAGAAAAUCAUACAGAUCGAGUACGUCAUCCAUCUCUAGUGUUUCUACAGAUGUGAUUUUGGUUUCUCCGAAGAAAAAUAAUUUUGAUAUUAUCAAUGGAAAGAAUGACGAGCGUGUUUCGUUAAAUAUGCCUUCAAUAGAACAGGGGGUUUUGAAAGAAUCAACAAGUAAUAAAACGUUAAAGGCUUCAGAAUAUUCAUUUUUAAAGGAGUCUAAUAGCAAUAGAACUUUGAAAGGACCAGGUUCUGGGUUUAUAAAGGAAUCCAAUAGUAACAAAACAAUAACGAGUCAUCCAUUGCUACCUGACGCAAGUAAAGAUGAUGAACGAGUGGCGGAUUCAUUGAAGCAAAAUGUGGCUACUUCCACGUCUCGUGAUAGAAAAGUAGAGAGUACAAGCAUUGAAUCGCUUGUUAAAUAUAUCAAGGAAUCCAGUAAUGACUGUAUUGACAAAAUUAUCUCGGAUACUGGAACUUUAGAAAUUGAUACAGAAAAAAAAAUAGUUUUGGAGCAGGCUGAAACUAGUGACAAAAUGGACUUGAGGAAGGCAUUUAAAGCCAAACAUGGUGGCUCCUUAUACUUAGAAGAAAGUAAAUCAGACUUAUCGUUUUUAGAUUUUUCUAUUGAUUCGCUCAGUCAUCAUGGUUCACUCAAAUAUCCUAGGAACAAUGGGAAAAAUUAUAUUUUUUCUGCUGAUGAGGACGAACACGGCGAGAAAGAAAAAAUCGCUACUGGUGUGGCUACCGAUGAAUAUGUUGAUAGACUUAAACCCACAUCUAUUCUUGAAGGGGAUAAUUCACAUAUAAGUGACAAUGGUGAUGAUAUAAGUUCAGCCGCUGCCGAUGAUAACAUUAACGCUAAUUAUACAUUUGAAAAAAUUGUUGAAGAUGAUGCUCUUUCAGCUGAUAAUGGAGCAAUUACUGCAAAAAAUAAUCACCACAACAAUUUUUUUGUUGCUGAUUCUACCAAUGAUAACCAAAACACCAGUGCUCUAGAUGUCGGCAGUAUUGCUACCAGUGCGAAUAUUGACGCAGAAGAGGAUUCAACUACCGAAGUAAGAAACAGUUUUGUAAAUGGAUUAAAGAAAAAGUUUUUACCCUCUUCAGUAAAGACGUCUUCGCUUUUGGAAGUAAAUUCAGCGGACUCAACGGAACCCUUACAUUUUUCUAGCAGCACUAUGAAUGUUACAAAGAAGGGUAACACUCCCAACAUUGUUACAUUUGCUCAAAUGCCGGAUGAAUCUUUCCAGAACAACAAUCCGGUUGACGUUGCAUUGAUGAAAUUAGAAGGUACGUAUUCCAAAGAGGAUGGUAAAUCUGAAAAAAGGAAGAUCAGUAGCGAUAAUGAUGAUACGGAGGAUCACGAUAGGCUGAAUUCAAAAGAGGAUAUGCUGAAUUCUUUGAAAUCUACUCCGCCAUCAUCAAGUAAUGAUUCUUCUAAAUUUGUUGAUCAAAAAGACCCAUUUACAAAACCAUCAAAUUCUGCUGACGAUGGGACUGCUCCCUUUUUAAGAACUCUGAAUAGGUUGUCACCAGAAAGAAACCCUUUGUUCAAAAAUACUAGCACAACUAAUUUAUCUAAUAGACAAUCUUUAUUAAUUGAAAAGCGAAGAAAUAAUAGGAGAUUCACAAUGUACGAAUAUUUCCCAGAUAACAAAGACCAACACAACGAUGAUGAUGAUGAUGUCAAAGAAAAUGAAACCAAUAAUUCUAAUAAUACUAAUGAAAAUCCAAGAUAUAACUUUGUUUUGGAAAACUCUGCCGAUGAACAAGUUAGAAAUUUAUUGAACGGGUAUCAAAUGGAUGAUUUUAAACUUGGACUGCAAAAUGCUAAUGAACAUAUUCCAUUUAUUUUGAUGUAUGAUUCACUAAGCAUUGCUAUUCAAAUGACCCUUAUCGAACGUGAUGUUUUGAAUGAAAUUGAUUGGAAAGAUUUAUUGACUUUAAAUAUGCAACACAGUUUACCAACUUUUACCACAUGGUUGCAAGUGUUGUUUUAUAACGAGCAUUUGACUGGAAUUGACUUGGCUGUCUCAAGAUUUAAUCUAUGUGUAGAUUGGAUUAUUUCUGAGAUUGUUUUAACCACAAAUACAAAAUUAAGACGAAACACAAUUCAAAGAUUCAUUCAUAUUGCAGAGCAUUGUGUGAAAAUGCAAAAUUUCAAUACUGUUUUGCAAAUUGUCCUUGCAUUAAAUUCUAUUAUCGUUCAAACUUACAAUGAAAGUUGGAGAUUAGUUGAACCAGGAGAUUUAUUAACUUGGGAAGAAUUAAAAAAAAUACCCUCUUUGGACAGAAAUUUUUCUACCAUAAGGAAAUUCAUGAAUGAAAUGGACCCAAUUAAGGGCUGUGUUCCAUUUAUCGUAUUAUAUUUAAGUGAUUUGUCGUUAAAUGAACAAAAGAAAGAUUGGUUGUCAGAAAACAUGGUUAAUUAUGGAAAAUUUGAAACCUCUGUUGAUAUUGUAAAGAAUUUCAUUCAAAGAGUUCAGUGGGGUGUUCAGUUUUAUGAUAUUACUCCAGAUAGUGAGCUAUUGAGUAAAUGUGUCUACAUUAGUUGCUUAACUCCAGAAGAGUUGGAAAUUGCAACCAAAGUUUGA